UGCAUCCGGAGAAAUGCAGUUCCCAGUACUGCUCGCAUUGCUUUCUAUCUCAAUGGUCCGGGCCAUUCCAGCAGGCAAGUGGCCCUGGCGUGUGCUGGAGAGCAAACCGGGCCCCCCGGCCAGUUUCAGGGAGGUGGCUGCCUUUAUCAAGCGCCUGGAGGCACGCAACAUUAGCCUGAGCCUGCCCUCGCACAUGCUCAGCCUGUACCGCAGUUACAGCUCGGGCAAUUACAGCGGCCUUUUGGCCCACGAACGGCCCGUGUUACCGGAGGCGGACACCGUGCGGAGCCUGGUGGCAAAAAGUUUCCAUCACAAUGGAAGCCGGUGGAUUGUCACCUUUGACAUGUCCAUGCUCGCAGCCAAUGAGAAGCUUCAGUUUGCCGAGUUGAGGAUCAGUGUGCCUGCCUUUGCAGAGUCCUGCUCUCUCCUGGAGCUCCAUCACCAAUCAGAGUAUCCAUGCGGACCAGCUACCUGUCAGGACCAGCUCUUCUUGGGCUCCUUCCCUCCUGCCUCAGUGCUGGAGGAUGCUGAAGGCUGUGCCAUUUACAAUGUCACCAACAUCCUGAGGCACUGGAUCAACCGCAGAAAGCCCAGAGGCAGGGGCAGGCUCACUGGACUCCAGUGGCCAGAGAGCCCAGUCUGCAGAAGCAAGAGGUCCCUCCCCUCCACCAGAACUGACAGCAAGACAGAGACCAAGGAAACAGCACUGCUGCUGGUGUUUUCCCAGAGACCUGAGCAGAGCUGCUCAGAGAGUUCCUCACUGCUGAAAGACGCCAAUAGCUCCAAACAUGUGCGGAAGCCCCGAAAGAGAAAGGGAUGCUGGCUGAAGCCGAAGGGCCAGGUGGUACGGCAACAAAAGAGGACUUGUGUCAGAGGGCAUAGGAAGGGUAGGGCUGAACACAGCGGAACCCCUAUUCGACGCCGUCCCCGGCAUCACAGUAGGGAUGGCAAACUGAUCCGAUGCCGGAGAAUUGAUUUUCAUAUCAAAUUCGAUAAGAUCGGCUGGGGUGCCUGGGUUAUCUUUCCGAAGAUGUAUAAUGCUUUCCGCUGCGAAGGAGAAUGCCCAUCACCAUCUGGGGAGAAUGCCAAACCCACCAACCAUGCUUACAUGCAGAGUCUGCUCAAAUUCCAUCGCCCCACACUGGUGCCAGCCCCUUGCUGUGUUCCCAUCAAAAUGAGUCCUAUGAGUAUGCUGUACAAGGAAAACGGUGAGGUGGUGUUGCGUCACCACGAGAACAUGGUCGUACAAGAAUGUGGCUGCCGCUGAUGAAGUUACCUGCUUUCAUUUCACCAGUGUUAUGAAAUCAACAAGGGUAGUGAUGUACAUUGGGUCUCUGCUCUGCUGUGAUGCCUCGUACAACUGAACUGCCAAAUAGCCAAAUCUGGGCUUGGAGUAGUGUCAAGGUUGAAGACUGAAACAAUUUCUGUUGGCAGUGCCAGGUUUUGACUGAACUGUGAUGAUUCCAGCAGUCAGUUGGACAUUGGAGGAUGCCUGGUGAUACUAAUUCUCAGGAAAGAGACCAUGCCUCCAUAAAUGUAAGGCAUGGAUAGCAGGAAAGGGGAUGGAACAGAAAGAUAGAAACACGUAUGAUUGUGAGAUAUUGUAAAUGAUCAAACUUGAAAAUGAUUUCUGAUUUUUUUGAGCUCUUGUUUAACAUGCAAUGUCUCCAUUUAAAU